UGCCUGGCAACAGAGCUAGUGGUCCACACGAGCCGUUCUGUCGCUAGCAAAAAAAAAAAAAAAAAAAAACCUACCAUCAGCGGCAUCAUUUCCAGACGUUACUGAACGCAGAAAACAAAUAGUAUCUGCACAGGCACGGUUUGAUAAAGGCGGUUCGGCGAUGUUGAACCCGACCAAUGGCGAUCCAGGCCAUGUUGUUGUCAAUUAUGUUGAGGAAUAUUUGGACCUGGUGGAAUCGCUGCCCUUUGAUUUGCAGAGGAGUGUGUCUCUCAUGAAGGAAAUCGAUGCAAAGUAUCAAGAUGUUCUGAAGGAGCUCGAUGAUGCUUAUGAACGCUAUCGGCAGGAAUCUGACUCCCUUCAGCGUCGUAAGCUUCAGUUAUCCAUUCAGAGGGCCCUGAUCCGCAGCCAGGAGCUUGGAGAUGAGAAGAUCCAGAUCGCCAGUCAAAUGGUGGAGCUGGUCGAAAACCGUACGCGACAAAUAGAUUGGCAUUCCAAACUUCUGCAUUCAUCUCAGGAAGUACCCGAGAGUCACGUCACCACAGCGACCUCCCUCACAACCACCGCAGCCUCCAUGUCAUCGUCGUCAUCAUCGUCAGCCGCCGCGGCCCCUGGCAAAGCAGGUCACCACGACAAGAAACGCGAGGAGGUGACUCCAGGCGCCGGCGGAGGAGACAAGACUGGAGGGAAACGCUCCAGACGUCAGAAAAACGGAGAAAGCCGGGAAAGUUACAGUGGUCUGGAUCACACCGAGGAAGUGGGAGCAGGAGCGACCAGAGAGAAGAGAGCCAAAACAUCCUCAAAGAAGAAGAAGAGGUCCAAAGGAAAGUCUGAGCGGGAAGUGUCCCCUCCAGACCUGCCCAUCGACCCGGAUGAGCCUACGUACUGCCUAUGUGAGCAGGUGUCCUACGGCGAGAUGAUCGGCUGCGAUAACGACGAGUGUCCCAUUGAGUGGUUUCACUUCUCCUGUGUUGGUCUCCAUCAUAAGCCCAAAGGAAAGUGGUUCUGCCCCAAGUGCAGGGGGGAGAACGAGAAGACCAUGGACAAGGCCUUAGAGCGGGCCAAGAAAGAGAGAGCCUACAACAGGUAGCCUGCUCCGCCCACAACCACGAACACUGUAAGCAGCAACAUCCAUCUAUCUGCCAUUUACACGUAAUACCCAUAAGUCAUUAGAGGAAACUAUUUAGUUAUUUUUAUAGCAUAGCUGGAAAACACGAUUCUCCUCCCCAACAGGAUUAUUUGAAGAACACACACAGUCCACUGUGCAUGUUUGGACCAGACUGUCCUGCACUUUAAACCAGUAUCGUUGUCUUUCAUCAUGCAUGCAGCAUCAACAUGACUCAAAUAAAACAGACAAAAUAAAUU